AUGUCAACAGUGAGAGCAAUUAACCUGGUGCUGCCCAAGAUUGAGGUGUAUUUGUCUUGCUCCAGCAUAGAUGACCAACUAGUUCUGAACCUCAGGAGUACCCUGGUGGACCCUGUGGUGAAGGUGGAGCUUGUGGGAAAAGGCUGUUUGAGAUGGUUUGAGAAGGAUAAUCCCAUACUGGACUAUGAGAAGAACAUGGCUUUCACCAACCAGGCUGUCUAUGUCUUCAAAGCAGAGAAUUUCCACAUGAAGGAUGGCUGGCUGGAUUCUGGGGUCCACACGUUUGGCUUCCACUUCAGCUUUCCUCCAAGUAUUCCCUCUACAUUCACAAGCAAAAUUGGCUCCAUCUCCUACCUUGUUCAAGGGAUUUGCUGCAGCUGCCAAAUUGUCUUAGCUAAAGAGGAGAGAUGUUUACUGUUGCAAGGAACUGCUGGUGACCACAGAAAACACAUGAAAGAGAUGGCCCUAUUGGUGGUGGAAGCCAGGAAGAAUGUAGUUUAUUUUUGCUGCUUCAGUCAUGGCUCUGUGGUCCUUUGUAUUUCCCUGGAGAAAAGCAUGUUUUGCCCUGGAGAAACCAUUGUCUUCAUGACAGAUAUUUCCAACAGGACAAACAAUUAUGUUAGAAAGGUAAUUUUUGCUUUACACUGGAUUGUCCUGUAUAGAGGCUUCAGCAGCAGGGGAGAACAACAUUCCUUGGAAGAACAAAGUGAAGUGACAAGGUUGGAGUCCCAGACAGACACAGCUCCCUCUGAGAGCAUGAGAGUUACCAGCACACUGGUUCUGCCAAAACCUAUGCCUGUCACCAGCACUCUUGGGGAAAAUAAAAUCAUGGCAUUCAGGUACGAGGUGGUAGGCACCACUGACAUUGCUUGUACGACAUCCACCAAUGUGAGCAGGGUGCCCAUCAUCAUAGCAGCCACACCAGAGCAUUUAUCUGUGGAGCAGGACACUGUGACUGUACAUGAAAAUGAAGUACAAGUCUGA